AUGAGUAGAAAUAGAGAUCUUCUGUCCAAAAUCGGUCUCCGCCUGGACGGCAGAAGACCGGACGAGCUCAGAAGGAUCCGUUGCAAGCUAGGAGUUUUUACUGAGCCCGACGGCAGCGCCUAUUUGGAACAAGGCCUCACCAAAGUCCUAGCUGCCGUGUACGGUCCACAUCAAGUACGAGGGGGCAGAUCGAAAGCCCAACACGACACUGCUAUCAUCAAUUGUCAGUUUAGUAUGGCCGUAUUCUCCACCACGGACAGGAAGAAGCGUCCGAGAGGUGACCGGAAAUCAACGGAGCUAUCUAUGCAUUUGCAGCAGGCCUUGGAGGCUGUUAUAAAGAGCGAACUUUAUCCUUGGUCACAGAUAGAUGUGUAUGUUGAAGUAUUACAUGCAGAUGGAGGUAUAUACACAGCAUGUGUUAAUGCAGCUACCCUAGCUCUUAUUGAUGCUGGCAUACCACUCAAAGAAUAUGUUUGUGCUUGUACAGCUAGUUUGGCUAACAAUGAUGUUCCUAUGAUUGAUAUUUCCCAUCAGGAAGAAAUCAUAGGGGGGCCAACAUUGACUGUGGCUGCUUUACCAAUGUCAGGUAAAAUUGUGUUGAUGGAAAUGUCUCAGCGUUUUCACAUGGAUCAUUUGGAAAAGGUUCUGAAUAAAGCUUUACAAGGGUGCAAGGAUAUUAGACAGAUAUUGGAUGAGGCAGUGAGGUUACAUGUGAGGGAUAUAGGCAGUUCUACAGGAUGGGCUAAUACAAGUUGA